AUGCAAAGUCUUUACGACACACUCACGAAAAAUAAUAUAUUCGUGUUCGUUAUAGUGUAUUUGUCAUUUCUUCUGGAUAAUGUGUUGUUGACUGUUGUAGUUCCCAUCAUCCCGGACUACCUGUUUUCCAACGAACUUAACGUGACGCCUGUGGAUGACAACAAACGUUUCGGAUUGGCAUCGCUGAGCCCUCUUCAGCGCAAAUAUGAAACUUUGGAGGAUGAAAAUGGUCCUCUUGGAGCUCUGCUGGCGUCAAAAGCUUUCGUUCAACUAGCUUUUACUCCUCUAGUGGGGUAUUUGAUCGCUGCUGUGGGGUGUAACGUUCCUCUGCUGAUUGGAUCCUGCAAUAUGCUUCUAGCUUCGAUACUUUUCGCUUAUGGAAACUCUUAUGGGGUUUUGGUUCUCGCCCGCGCCCUCCAUGGGAGUGCCUCUGCUGCUAUUGCCAUCAGCGGAAUGUGUAUUCUAGCCAAAGAGCUUCCCAGUAAUCUAAGAAUGAAAAUAAUGCCUAUUGCUUUUGGUGGAAUCGCUUUAGGAGUUCUUAUCGGUUAUCCUCUUGGAGGAGCUGCUUACCAAGCAUUCGGAAAGACCGCACCCUUCCUAUUCGUUGCGGUUUUCAUCAUCAUAACCAUGGGUUUACAGAUAAUGUAUCUGAAGGAGGAAGACAUGCAAUCCGAAUCAUCCAUACUGAGGAGAAACUACGAGGAAUGUCUGAUUCUUCUGAAAGAUAAAAAAUCGCUUAUAGCUGCCUUCACAAUUUGCGUCUGCACUUCAUCGAUGGCCAUUUUAGAACCUUGCGUCCCAAUGUGGCUGCUUGCUAGAUUGACCCCACCACCUUCCAGGUGGCAACUUGGAGCAGUGUUCAUCCCAGACAGUAUUGGAUAUUUCAUAGGAUCACAAUUUGCAGGUUUACUACCAGUCCAACCUUGGCGAAUCGCCAUAAGUUCCCUGGUAAUCACAGGCUUAAGCUGCUGCGGGCUACCUUUAGCAGACACCAUACCCCAGUUGUCCCUACCCCACUUCGGUAUAGGCUUGGGGGUUGGAGCUGUUGAUGCUGCCCUCGUUCCCUUGCUGGCUUCUUUUGUUGACAACAAAGGAAGCAACCAAUACGGGCCCAUAUAUGCUCUUCAGCAAGCUGCAGUGUCGGUCUCCUACUCAUUCGGACCUCUCUUUGGAGGACAGGCCAUUCAUAUCCUUGGAUUCCCGUGGCUGAUGAGGGUGGUGGGGUUUGCCAACUUGCUGGUAUGUCCGCUGCUACUGGAACUUGAGGAACAGAAGGAAAAAAUUCCGAUCACGUGCAAUUCCUAUCAACCCUAUUCAAGUGUUGCAAACAGCUUGGAACCGGAGUCUACAGAAUGAAACUUCAUCAGAAUUAGAAACCAGAUUACUGAUA